UCCAUAUUUCCUGUACCGUUAAAUUGCUAAAACGUUUACUUGUUUGCGGUCAUAGGAUCAGGGCGUCGCAGUAUGCAGCCCCUAUACUGAGAAUGAUGGCUAUUUGGGGCGGAAUGGUUCCCUGUCUGUUGCUAGCUCUGUUCUGCAGGCUGUGCGGAGCUCAGGAGCCUGUCGAAACAGUGGACGGGAACGCGUUCUUGCCCCAGAGUGCACUGACUGACAUUGAGUUUGCCACUGUGAAUUCAUACCGUGGCCCGGGGAACAACGACUCUCGGAGUAACAAGGAGCUACCGAUCCUGCUGUGGUGGAGUGCCGGCUUGUUCCCACACUUUCCCGGAGACACGGAACGCAUCGACUGCGCCCGUUCAUCCUGCCUAGUCACACGCAAUCGCAAGGUGCAGCUUUACCGUCGCACGGCCUCCAUAAUCUUUUACGGAACAGAUUUUAGGGCAUAUGAAGCACCUCUACCACGACUGUCACACCAGACGUGGGCUCUGUUUCACGAGGAGUCGCCAAUGAAUAACUACGUCCUCUCUCACGGUCCGGGCAUUCGGCUCUUUAACUACACGGCUACUUUCAGGCGUGAGUCCGACUACCCGCUGACUCUGCAGUGGCUCCCCUCGUUGGAGUACCUCUUGCACCCUCCUUCUGUGUCCAUAGCGGACAAGAACCGCUGGAGACGGGCGGGCUUGGCUCCGGUCCUCUACAUGCAGUCUCACUGCGACGUCCCGUCAGACAGAGACCGUUACGUGCAAGAGCUUAUGAAGUACAUACAGGUGGACUCAUAUGGAAAGUGUCUAAAUAACAAGCCGUUGCCUAAGCACCUGGAAGACACCAGCACGGCCACUGGAGAAGAGCGCCCCUUCAUGAACUUUGUGGCGCGGUAUAAGUUCCACCUGGCCCUGGAGAACGGAAUUUGUCCAGACUACAUGACCGAGAAGCUGUGGAGGCCCCUGCACCAGGGCUGUGUGCCCAUCUACAGAGGAUCUUCUUCAGCGGCUGAUUGGCUUCCCAACGACCACUCUGCGAUCCUCGUCGAUAAUUUCUCCUCCCCUCGGGAACUUGCCGACUACAUUAAAGCUCUGGACGAAAACGACGAGCGGUACGCCCGUUACCUGGAGUUCAAAACGCCCAGAAAGAUCACCAACGUGCGCCUCCUGGACGAGCUGCAGACCAGGGAGUGGGGCGUCAACGACAUGAGUAAACCCAAUUAUCUGAACGGCUUUGAGUGUUUCGUGUGCGACCACGAAAACGAACGUCUGGCCGCGGAGAGAGCACACAGACGAAAUCCGGGACAACAUCCGCGCCCUCUGCCCAAGAUGGCGAAUAAUUCUCACAUGGGGUGCCCUCUACCCAGCCCUGGUUACGGAGCCAUAGAGAACAUUGACCCGAAUGAUAGCUGGCUCCAGAUGUGGCCACAGGAUUACUGGCAGAGUCUGGACCAGGCAGAGGGUUUGGAAUCAAUGCUGAGACACAACGAGUCUGACCCCGGCCGGCUGUGGCACCACAUCCAGGACAUGGCAGUGAGGAGAGCCAGAGGCCAAUGACAGAACCAGA